UUUAUCACGAGUCGAUCACAAUUUUUCAUGAUUGUAAACAAAAGAAAAGUUCAUUCAAAACAAAAAUGAACGAAUCUCGAUGACGACUGCCAAGUUGGGAGCAGUACAAAACAAUAACAAAAACCAAAACUAUGAAAACAUCAGCACAGAUGACUAUUCCAUACAGCAGUGUCUAUGAUGGUGGCAACCUCCCAUACCUUCAUGCAUACCAAUGAAUGGCUGUGCGUGUGUUUAUGAAUGAAUAACGGAUCUCAGUCUGCGCCGCUGACAGUCAGUCCGUUCACAGGAACGACAAGAAGGCAGUCAUCAGUUCUCUUUCUCACGUCGUCGGUUUCGAAUCGAGUGCUGGCUGGGGUCUACAGCGAUUAUUAUGGUUCUCGCGUCUGACUGACUGCGGCUGAUGGUGUUUCGGUAAGACUACUCUGGCGCUGGAUGAUGAUGAUGAUGAUGGUGGUGGUAUUUGCGUGUGUAUCCACAACACAUCAUCGGAGCACAGAGCAGCAAAAAUGAAAAUAAACGGGGAGAGCAGAGCAAAUAAGAAAAAAAUAAACUUCGCCAUAUUGAAUCGCGAGAACCUCUGAUAGGUCCCACAGUUUUCCCUGCCACAGUAGCAGCAAAGCAACCGAAUAUCUUUUCCUGGUUCCAGGACCUUGCACAGUGCAAUCCGUGGUGUCGGUGUGACUGAACGAGAGAAUGAUAAAGUGACCGAAGAAACGAUAACAGAUCGCACACUGGAAGUGAAUGAAUGGUGGCCUGAGAAUUUUUCAGCUCUGGUUUAGUGCAGUGAAUUUUCCGGAUUCGUGAGGACGGUUUCCUCCUGUGCAAAUUACAACACAAAGAAAGUGGAGUGCGGAAAAGUCCGUGUGAAAUUCAAGCUGGAGCCCUGGGAAUCAGAUUGCUCCAAAAUCACGCAGAAACGUCGUGCAAACAACCGAUCGACGACAAACGGAACAAAGGCACCGCAGUGGAGACGAACAAAAAGUGUGGACAAGAUGAACCAAGCGAUAUCCAGAAAUAGAUUCGAGAAAGCGUGCAUAGUUCCGGAAGAUGAAAUCUCGAAGAAACUACCAAAAGAGAUUCUCCUACGAAUUUUAUCCUAUCUUGACGUGACCUCGCUGUGCCGGUGUGGACAGGUAUCUCGAUACUGGAACAUUCUGGCACUAGACGGAUCGAAUUGGCAAAAAAUCAACCUAUUUGACUUUCAACGUGACAUUGAGGGUCUCGUAAUCGAGAACAUCUCGCUGCGAUGCGGUGGUUUUCUGAAAAAUCUUUGCCUACGGGGCUGCCAGUCGGUGGGCAGCCAAUCGAUACGAACUCUUGCUCAACACUGCCAUAACAUAGAACAGCUGGACCUGGCCGAGUGUAAGAAAAUCACCGACGUUGCCAUACAGCCACUCAGCAGGUACUGCGCAAAGCUCACCGCCAUCAACCUCGAAUCCUGCUCGCAGAUCACCGACUGCAGUCUGAAAGCCCUAUCGGAUGGAUGUCCGAACCUAACGGAGAUCAACGUUUCCUGGUGCAACCUUAUAACAGAGAACGGCGUCGAGGCAAUAGCUAGGGGCUGCAACAAAGUGAAAAAGUUUAGUUGCAAAGGUUGCAAACAGGUCAACGACAGAGCAGUCAUUGCGCUAGCGCUAUUUUGUCCCAAUAUUGAGGUUUUAAAUUUACACAGUUGUGAUAGUAUAACUGACGCUUCGGUGUCGAAAAUUGCGGAAAAAUGCAUCAACCUGAAGCAACUGUGUGUGUCUAAGUGCUGCGAGCUCACCGACCAGACCCUGAUAGCAUUAGCCAUGUACAACCACUACUUGAACACACUGGAGAUGGCCGGUUGUACUCAGUUUACCGACUCAGGAUUCAUAGCGCUAGCAAAGAACUGUAAAUAUCUGGAACGAAUGGAUCUGGAGGAGUGUAGUCUAAUAACGGAUGCUACACUGAUCAAUUUAGCUCUAGGCUGCCCUAGCUUAGAAAAAUUGACUCUAUCUCACUGCGAACUGAUUACCGAUGAGGGCAUACGGCAGCUGGCUGCCGGCGGCUGCGCUGCAGAAAGUUUAUCCGUCCUAGAGCUGGAUAACUGCCCACUGAUAACCGACGCGACGCUUGAACAUCUGAUAACCUGUCACAAUCUGCAGCGGAUAGAGCUCUACGACUGCCAACUUAUAUCAAGAAAUGCUAUCCGUCGAUUGAGGAAUCACCUUCCAAACAUUAAGGUACACGCGUACUUUGCCCCAGUGACACCACCGCCGACUACCAACGGACCACGACCCCGGUAUUGUCGAUGUUGUGAGAUUCUCUGAGAUCAGGCGAUUGGCUUAGCCAGGAAAGUUCUCUGUAGGAGUAGAGAUGACUGAUAUUUAUACUUAUAAUCUAAAUACAAGAAGACAAGAACAGUACGGGGGUAUCGAUCGCAAGGGAAAACGGCAACUGUUGUAAUAAUGCUAGUGAAAAAAUUAUCCCCCAUCCCGUCGGGAUAUGAGCAGUGUAAUACAGAACGAUAAUAAUCUAUUCUAAUCAUCAUCACAGAGUAUGAUCGUAGAAAUAAAACAUUUAUAAAUGGGGAAACAAAUUGAUUUCCAAAGCCAGCAAAUCAAUCCACGAACCACAUGCAAACUUUCAAAUCCAUACACUCACACACACACCGAACACAAACCGAAACAAAUGAGAAAAAAAUCAACCAGUGCAAAACCAGACUAACAUUUAUCAUCAGAAAUAGAAAUACAUAUAUUUUUCGAAAAGCAACUACUACUAACAGAUUUGAAACAUUACAGACAUUUCACCGAGAAAAAAAAACACUUCUUCUAUAGGAUUCAAAAGAUUAACAUAACGGCAACCAUAAACAAACAUGUGUUCAAUUAGUAAUGAAAGAAUAUCGCGUAGAUCAAACGGGAAAUCCGGAACAUUGCAUUAUUUGUUAGUGAGCGACUAGCUUUCUACAAGCAAAUCAGGCUUGGCAUUUGAAAAUAAAAGCAACUCGCUAUUCAUGCGACAAGUACGAGAAACAGUACAGCACGCAGUACGUAGUACGUAAUAAAAAAAAAACAACUAAACUGAAUUUAAAAAAAAAUAUGAUCAAAUCGAUUAGUUUUUUGAAGCAAAAUGAAAUGUGAAAAUAAUGCUUAAACAUACUAAAAUCAUCAGCGACACAACAAUAAACUCUAGACACGUAAUGACAUUUGUCGUAAAACAAUAUAUGUAUUGAUAAUCGAAUCAAAAAUGGGAUGGCCGGUCCGCGUUCAUAACGCGGGCACGAUUGGACGACGAGUUGAGUAAAAACUACUUUAGUGUAAAACCACCUGUGAAACAAGCGUGAGUAUGUGAUAUAUAUUGAUGAUGAAGGAAGGCAGGGUGUUAACCGAUCGGAAUCAGCUUAGAUACAAGAUGUAUGUUUGGACCACUAGACCGACAAUGGGUGGAAUUUAGUAGGCCUGAAAAGUGUUUAGUAAGUAGUGCAGCGAAGAAGGGAGGGACGAGAUAUGAUUUUAUGAAUGGGGAAACAAACCCGAAAAAAAACGUUGAUGUGCAAAACCAGCAAGGAGCUAAUCUGAUUGUGAUUCAAUUAUAUUUACGAUACAGAACCAUAAGAUGAAACGUUAGGAAAAAGAAAUAAAUCUAAAAUUUUACAUAUAAA